GUCUGCAUUUUUGUCAGAGCAUAAUCGAUGUUUAAAUAACCUUUUAUCAGCCACUCAGGAACUAAUCAACUUGGCUUCAUAAUGAAGCGGCGAGCUGAUUCUGGGGCCAUUGUUCCUGCUGUUCGCCUUUAAAUCAAGACCAGUUCUAAACUGCGACGGCGGCCCUUUCGUUGGUGUGUGAUUGGGAUAGCGUUCGUACCUCCACUUAUCAGGGAGAUUUAUAAAGACUCCCGGACACAGUCGCGAUUCUGUUGACUCUGGGAUUCCUUAAAUAAGAAUUUUGAAGAGGGGGAAAUGAUAUCAAUGAAGACCAACAGGGACAUGGAUAUUUACAAGAGACAGUUUCGAUCGCAGGAAUUUGCUCGUGAGCUCAACAAGCGCGAGCAGCGUCGGCUAGACCAAGAGGUCGGGGGGAGGGGAGGUAUCGAGGCCGAGUACAGAUUUAAUCUGGACAAGGUCAACCAAGAACGCAAGGAAAUAGAAAAGGAAUUGAACAAAAUUCGAGGCGGCGUUCAUAAACAACUUGGCCAUCAUGCUACCCUGUCAAGCGACAAGAAAUUUCAUCAUCCAAAAUUCAAAGAAUUGGGAAUGAAAGACGUCAGCAGUAGGAGUCCAAGACUGCAAAGAAAAGCUCCCCCGGAGAACAACUCACGCGGGAGGGACUCCAGUCCAAUGAACGCGGAGAUGCUUAUUCAGUAUCUUCAGAGUUUCAACGAAGCGCAUGCGCAAGAACAUAAUGAUCUUCUAGAUGGGAUCAAAGGUUCAGGUCGCAUCAAUCAAAAUAAAUAUAAUGAUCAUCCACAUGUGCAAAUAAAUCCAUUGAUAAUAUCAGAUCAGCCGAAGCCUAGUGAAGCGGAAAACUCAAAUGACUUUGAGGAACAGAAGCAAUAUAUACAAACAUUAAGUGACAGUCAGUCGCAGGACGUGCCAUCUAACGAGCCAACUGGUACGAAGGAGCCCUCUCUACAAAUAUCCAGAAACGAAAGUGGAGAGAUAACUACGGAGAUGAGUUCCCCUCGGCACAGUCCCGUCAGACGGAUGUCUUUAGACAAGGGCAGGCAUAUAGUGCCAGGAACCAGUCCUCCGAAACACAGCGCUGUCAGGCGGCUGUCGCUAGACAAAGGGAAGGGUUCCAACGAGGAUAUUCGUGGUCAUCCAACUUCAGCAAGAAAGUCGCCUACAGAGAAAGGGAAAUUCCAUCAUGAUGACUUUCAUGGUCAUCUAACGCAUCCAACUUCAGCAAGAAGAGCGUCUAUAGAGAAGGGGAAGUUCAAUCAUGAUGCAGUUCAUGGUCAUUUAACGCAUCCAACUUCGGCCAGGAGAUUUUCUUUAGACAAAGGGAGAAUCCAUCAUGAUGAUGCUCGUGGUCACCCAACUUCAGCUAGAAGGUCGUCUAUGGAGAAAGGAUCACACCAUCCUCCCGUGAUAGUUAACGAAGAAAAGAUUCCUUAUUCGCCAGUUGAGGACCCAAAAACUGUGAUAGAGAUUGAGAAUGCUGUAAAAGAACUUGAGAUCGAGAGUGUGGAGACGCGAAAGGUGCCAACAGAGGAGGAGCAGCAGAAACCUAGCAAAGUCGCCAUCGGUCCGGAGUCGUUCAAUCCGGACGGGUCACUGAAGACUAUGUACACAGCGCCCCCUUUUGAACAGACGUGGGAGGAGGCGAAAAAGGCUCGCUACAUCAGGACCCGCGAGCCGUUAGAAAGGGACAGACAGUUAACGACCAACGAAAUAUUCGACAAAACCUCAUAAACUUUGGAAUUUAAGCCUUCUAGAUAUUCAGGCUAGUCAUAUGUGAUCUAUUUUUUAUUUCUUUGUUAUAUUUAAAUUUUCAUAAUGAUACAACUUUAACCCAUUUUGAUUUAAUGACUUGACUUCCAAAAACAAUGUUAUCGGUCUAACCGAUCGUUUGAUUGGAGGUUACGUGUGUUUUGCAUUGGAGUACUUCCAUUUUACGUACAAAAUAUUUUUGUACUUUGUAUUGCAUUACGUUUUGCCAAGUAAACAAGUUACUAUGA